AUGACAUUGGUCAAGGGGAAGCAGUAUGCUGUGACCCCCGUCGCGCAGCCGGCUCGGGCUGAAGUUCGCCGCCAGGUGUUGGACCGGAUCCGAGAGCGCUGGAAGACAUCCCUGCAAGAGAUGACCCCUGCAGAUCCUGGGGCACGGUGUCGGCGUCUGCUCCUUCCAGUCAUCGACCGAUGGCUCGAUCGGCGAUUCGGACGCGUCAAUUACAGCCUGACGCAAUGGUUCACCGGACAUGGCGCCUACAACUCCUUCCUGGCCCGUAUCGGCCGGAGGGACGGGCCAGAGUGCCCCUAUUGUCGUGAGUCUCCCGAGGACGCUACCCACGUUGUAGUAACAUGUCCCGCUUGGACUGCUUACAGAUCCACCAUCGAUCUACACGACGUUGGCCCCUUGGAGGCUGAGAGGCGUCUGGUCAACACCGCGUUGGCCAGCAGGAACGACUGGAGCCGCGUGGUGGAGCUUAUCUCCACCAUCAUCACGCUCCGCGAGGCGGAUGGCCGCGAAGAGGAGCAGCGGCUGGAGGCUGCCCGUGCAGCAGUCUUAGGGGGCGCGGUGUAG